CGUUUCUUUUCUUUUCUACGCCCAGCAAGAUGAAAAUUGGCUUGUGUGCAUUCAGCGGGUACAAAAUCUACCCUGGCCAUGGCAAGACCAUGGUCAAGAUUGAUGGCAAGAGCUUCACCUUCCUGGACAAGAAGUGCGAGCGCUCCUACCUGAUGAAGCGUAACCCGCGCAAGGUUACCUGGACUGUGCUCUACCGCCGCAAGCACCGCAAGGGCAUUGAGGAGGAGGCCUCCAAGAAGCGCACCCGCCGCACACAGAAAUUCCAGCGCGCUAUUGUCGGCGCUUCCCUCGCCGAGAUCAUGGCCAAGCGCAACAUGAAGCCGGAGGUGCGAAAGGCCCAGCGCGAUCAGGCCAUCAAGGUCGCCAAGGAACAGAAGCGCGCCACCAAGGCAGCCAAGAAGGCGUCAGCCCCAGCUCCCGCCAAGAAGUCUGCUCCCAAGACGAAGGCCGCCAAGGUUACGCAGAAGUCUGCUCCCCGCGUCGGUGGCAAGCGGUAAACAACACCCACGCAGAGAGACGGUAGUGAAGUGCUAAUGUUUUAACAAGAUUUAAGGAAACAAAGAAGUGAAACAACAAAUUAAACGCUGCGAAUGCAAAUUUGCAGUUAAAAAAAAAGUUCAAACGCGUUUUUGAUUUUUUCAAAAGUUCCCAACCAAAGUUAUUUCUCUAUUGCUAUUGCCCGCAAUGCCCAACGAUAUUUCCAUGGUGGAAAUAUGUGAAAAAGUUCCCCAUUAUUGUGCACCGCUUAAAUAAACAGUUGUCUGGAAUUGGA